GCGCCGUGAUUCAAACGCGAUGGCGGCUGCGGCGGCUCGGGGCUGAGGGCGAGCGAUCUCCGCCCGGCCCCUCGCCCGCCCGCCGCUGCCUCGGCACGAUGUCCUCGGAAGGCAGCGGCACGGCGGCGGCCGAAAAAACGCCUAAAGCUAAGCGGAAAGGAGGAAGAAUCGUCCCGUCUCGCUACAUGCAGUUCGAUAAGAAACAAAACAAGAAGGUGUCGAGGCAGCCAAGCUCAGGCGUCGCUCAGCGAAAGGCAGAAAAGGAUGCUUCCUCAAGUUCCUCUUCAUCAAAUAGUUCUCUGCUGUCUUCUAGAACUAAAGCAGGAUUGGUUGUCUCUCAGAAUCAUGAAGCUUCUGCUAGUGUGGACCUCAGCUCAUUGAAUCAGGCUGCUUUUGAGAAGGGUGACUUGCAGUCCACUUUAUUAGAUGAAGAGAAAAUGAAGCUACCAGACCUUGAUAUUUCUGAUAUUAAUGAUAAAAGUGACCCCAAGAAGAGUUUUUACUCAGAAUCUGCUUCAGAUGAGUAUUCAGAGACAAAGAAAAGUGAAGAGACUGAUGAGGAAACUGAUUCUUUUGAUCUGAUGGAAGAGCUGGAAUCUGAGACACUGCUUUUAACUUUCCUAAGAAUAAGGACAGAAAAAAAGGUUGCCAAGAUGGAGGAAAAAGCAGAAAAGAACUUGCUAAUGUUGUGUGAAGAAAAUCGGAAACAACAGGAGAAGCUCUGGGAGCUGAAACGUGAAAUUCUGCUUGAGGAGAGAGAGCAGAAGCUCAAUGAAACAUUAGACAAACAGAUAGAAGUGCUGUCUCCCCUCGUUGCUGUGUGUGAACAGUUUAAAGAGCAAUACAAAAGCUUUGCAGCUUCCCUGGAUGCUGCGAGACACGAAUUGCCCAUAAAGAACAUUCACAUAGAAGGAGAUAAGCAAACCUACCUUGAUGAACUGGAAAAGCAAUUAAUGAUCACACAGGAGCUUCUGACAGAAGUUAUGCCAAACCACUCAGAGGAUGGUGCAAAAGCACUUGGUGCACUGAAGGAGCUUCAAGAAGUGUCUCAGCAGCUGAGUAAAGGGCUUCAAAGGAGCUUCACAGAUGUGCAGAACCUGUCCUUUGAAGCCAGUAAAGAAGUUUCUCUGCAUAACCAAUACUUGUGUGAAGAGAAACAUGGAGUAGACGUUGUGAAACGCUGGUAUUUCAACUGACUUUCUGUAUUGUUUUACUACUGGAUGUUUUUGCAUUUUAGGCUAAUGAGAACUUAUUGGAUUACUGCAGUCUUCCCUGCCUCGGAGUAAAUACCACUUUGUUGGAGAUCCGGAAAUUCAUCCUGAAUAUGAUAAACAAACUGCUGGCUGGGCUGGGAUUGCCAGGACAUGAAAAGAGUUCCAGAGGGGCAGAAGAUCUAACAGCUCUGAAAUGCACCACUGAGCCACACCAAUUAAGAGCAUUUCCAGUGAUUAUGUGAGCAUUCCUGUUCAACUCACAGAAAUUAUUUUAGGUUGUUUCUUCCGCUGCAUUUGUGUGUGGUCUGCACAGCAAGCACGAGGUUUGCAGAGUGGGCUCAAAUGCCUCUGAUCAGUUUCUUUUUAAAAUAUUUCUGUGAUAAUGUAUAUGCUAAAACUCAGUUUCCUGCUAAUUCAAGAGCUUAAAUUUUCUGUGUUAUGGUUGCCCCUUCAGAUAUAACUAAUAUUUUAAUCUAUAAAGACAAUCUAUGUUUGGAGAUGGCCUGUAGGAUAUAAAACUGAAUCCCUUUGUUUAAUAUCUCUUGCAUAUGGGAGGUGGCUCUACUGUACAGUCAGACUACACACAAAUUUUAUUUCACCAGUCAUGUCGGAGCUGAGAAGAGAAUUGGAAAAUUAUUUCUGACUAAACAUCUGAAUGACAGCCCCUUCUGAUAAGCACAGUGCCCUUCCUUCUAAAUCAUUCAAAAUCCUCCAUUUGAAUGCUUUCCUAGUACUAUUUCAGUCAGGAAUAAAUACUAAAUAAUACUUUGUCAGGAAUUAAAAUGUUAUAUUACUGUGAAAGAUCAGACUCUCCUGCUCUAUAGAUGAAUAAUAACCAUUUUUGACAGAACUAUUUAAUAAUUAUGUUCUCAAUAUCAUUAUCCUAUUAUAUCCUACUUAGAUUACA